AUGUAUUGGAAAAGCGAUCAGAUGUUUGUGUGUAAACUAGAAGAAAAGGACGUGCCUGAGCUGGCAGUUCCCCUUGAGAAGUGCCAGGGUCUCAUGUCGGAGGAGUGCGGGCGGACUGCAGCCCUGGCGGCCGGGAGGACUCGGAAAGGCGCCGGGGAAGAGGGGCUGGUGAGCCCCGAGGGAGUGGGGGACGAGGACUCGUGCUCCUCUUCGGCCCCGCUGUCCCCGUCGUCCUCGCCCCGGUCCAUGGCCUCGGGCUCCGUCUGCCCUCCUGGCAAGUGUGUGUGCAGCAGCUGCGGCCUGGAGAUCGUGGACAAGUACCUUCUCAAGGUGAACGACCUGUGCUGGCAUGUCCGGUGUCUCUCCUGCAGCGUCUGCAGGACCUCCUUAGGAAGGCACACCAGCUGUUAUAUUAAAGACAAAGACAUUUUCUGCAAACUUGAUUAUUUCAGAAGGUAUGGAACUCGAUGCUCUCGCUGUGGGAGGCAUAUCCAUUCUACUGACUGGGUCCGGAGGGCCAAGGGGAAUGUCUAUCAUUUGGCGUGCUUUGCCUGCUUUUCUUGCAAAAGACAACUUUCUACGGGAGAGGAGUUUGCUUUAGUGGAAGAGAAAGUUCUCUGCAGAGUGCAUUAUGACUGCAUGCUGGAUAAUUUAAAAAGAGAAGUGGAAAAUGGUAAUGGGAUUAGUGUUGAAGGCGCCCUCCUUACAGAGCAAGAUGUUAAUCAUCCAAAACCAGCAAAAAGAGCUCGGACCAGCUUUACAGCAGAUCAGCUCCAGGUUAUGCAAGCACAGUUUGCUCAGGACAACAACCCAGAUGCACAGACUCUCCAGAAACUGGCAGAAAGGACAGGCUUGAGCAGACGUGUGAUACAGGUAUGGUUUCAGAACUGUAGAGCACGCCACAAGAAACACGUCAGUCCUAAUCACUCCUCCUCUGCCCCAGUCACAGCAGUGCCACCCUCCAGACUGUCUCCACCUAUGUUAGAAGAAAUGGCUUAUUCUGCAUAUGUGCCCCAAGAUGGGACGAUGUUAACUGCACUGCAUAGUUAUAUGGAUGCUCAUUCACCAACAACUCUUGGACUCCAGCCCUUGUUACCCCAUUCAAUGACACAACUGCCAAUAAGUCAUACCUAA